CUCGCCUUUCUCCCACGCUCCUCUCCUUCUUCAAUGGGCGGAAAUUCACCCUGCGCCUCCUGCAAGCUCCUCCGCCGCCGAUGCGCCAAGGACUGCAUCUUCGCCCCCUACUUCCCUUCGGACGACCCCCACAAGUUCGCCAUCGUUCACAAGGUCUUCGGCGCCAGCAAUGUCAGCAAAAUGCUGCAGGAGCUGCCGGUUCAUCAGAGAGCAGAUGCAGUGAGCAGUCUAGUAUACGAGGCGAAUGCGAGAGUUAGAGACCCGGUUUACGGGUGUGUCGGAGCCAUAUCGUAUCUGCAGACUCAGGUUUCUCAGCUCCAAAUGCAGCUGGCCGUGGCUCAAGCCGAGAUAUUCUGCAUCCAGAUGCAGCAAGAGCAGGUGGAGAUACCAGCAGCCCAUCAAACCGCCGCUGCCGGAGACGGAGACGACGGAAAAUCGUUUUUCCUCCACGACGCCCUCCCCGAGUACCUAAAUUUCGCUUCAAGCAGUAGUGUAAUCCAUGACUCUCUCAAGCGAGAGAGCCUCUUUAGCCAUGACAUGGUUUCGUAAUAAAAUCAAUUCCUUCUUUGCUUUCAUACCAUUCCUCGUUCCUCAUUCUUCUUCGUCCUCAAACUCUACAAAAAGUCCCCGUGACAUGACAUGGUAUGACGUGAUAUUGUAUCUUUCAAAGAAACAGUUUGAUCGAAAAAAUUUAGGUAUCAGAUAAACCGUGUAAGCACAUAGUAAUGUAAUCGACAUCGCAUGGUUUUCCAAUAAAAUCAACUUUUUUUUUC